UCUUGAUUACAAAAUCCAGAUCGCUGAUACCCAGAUUACAAGUUUUUAAAAAUUGGCCUCUGGAAACUGAAUCCUUUUACCCCUUGUGGUCUCUCAAUGGCUAAAAAAUGUAAACUGGCUGAAAGUCUUUCCCUUUAAGAAGUUAUUGUUUUACUGAUUGUGAUAAGAUUUUUACAUGGCAUACAGUAGUAUUGAUGUGGCCAGCUGUUCAAAUUUUAGUGAUAUGAAGCUUGCUGUACAGCUGUUUGCAUUGUGCUGUUUGUUUGAGCAGAGGAUUUCAAUCUCCAGUUCUGUGAAUCUUAAAAAAAAAAAAAAAAAAAAAAAAAAAAAAAGCGCGUCACCAUGAACCUGAGUUGGGUUCAUCUGGUUAAGUGUCUGUCAUAGAGUAGGACACCUAGUGUAUGCUUGAUUUUAAGCUUGGAACAUUUCAGAGCCAAAACCUUGUGGUGUUUGUAAAUUUUACAUUUCUGUAGGCUAUUGAAAUCUGGUUUAAAAAGAGGGAACACUUGAUUAUCUGGUCCAUUGGAUAAAGUAAACCCCCGCCUCUCCAAUAUGAAGCUGUUUAAGUUCAUUUCUGAGCUUGGUAUCCCAAUUGGCAAUCUGGGAACGUUGCAGGCUGGCCUCGAUCCUUCCCUGGCAGCUUUGGGAGGAAUCUCGUCACAACCCCCUUUGAUGGGAAAUGUGGAUCCCUCCAAAAUUGAUGAGAUCAGAAGAACUGUUUAUGUUGGCAACUUGAAUUCACAGACAGCGACAGCCGAGCAGUUACUGGAGUACUUCAAGCAAGUUGGAGAUGUGAAAUUUGUAAGAAUGGCUGGGGAUGAGACUCAGCCCACUCGCUUUGCCUUUGUGGAAUUCGCUGAUCAAGAGUCUGUGCCAAGAGCUCUGACCUUCAAUGGAGUCGUGUUUGGAGACAGACCCUUGAAAAUCAAUCACUCUAACAAUGCUAUUGUAAAACCUCCUGAGAUGACUGCACAGGCUGCUGCUAAGGAACUAGAGGAUGUGAUGAAGAGAGUGAGGGAAGCGCAGUCAUGUAUCUCUGCAGCUAUUGAGCCAGUCGAGUCUGGGAAAAACAGUACCACUAGCAGCAAAAAGGCUGGAAGAUCUCGAUCUUGCUCACAAUCCAAAAGGAAGCGGUCUCGCUCCAGACACAGGAGUAGAUCCCGUAAAAGAUCUCGGUCAAAACCGAGAGAGGCACGUAGCACCCAAAGUUCCCAGAAAAAACGCUCGCGAUCGAAAGAUAGAAAGCGCACCAGAAGCCGAUCCAGGUCUAGCAGAGAUAAAACAAGAGAGAAGGACAGCAAAUCAAGAAGUAAAGAGGAGUACUCAAGAGAGAAAGACGAGAGGAAACAGAAAGAAAAGAAAGGGAAAUCUCCACCAAAGAGCUACAGUUCAUCCCGAAGAUCUCGAAGCACCAGCAGAAGCCGCAGAAAGAGGAGCAGGAGUAGGUCCAAAUCUCCAAGGCAAAGAACUCCCAAAAGAAAAUUGAAGUCUCCUUCUCCAAGGAGAAUUAAAAAGGAGAAGAGGAAGGAGAAAGUCAGGGAACGCAGCAGAGAAAGGAAUGAAAGGGAAAGAUCACCCUCCAGGAAGAGGAGCAGCAAGGACAAAGAAAAACUGGAAAGAAGCACCCCGGUCAAGGUGGGAAGAGAAUCUGAUAAAGAAGAGAAAGAGUAUGAAAGUGACAAGGACAGCAUUCAUACCAACCGUCUAGAUCACAUAAAGGGUCGACAGAAUGGCAACUACAAUAAUCAUGAGGAAGGUCUCUCGGUCCAAACAGAGGUGUCUGAGUGAAUCAAUAAUCACACCAAGAUUGUGGAUCAGCUAGAAAAAAGAAUUGUCAACUAAAACUGAAGUGAACCAAGCAGCCUGCCAAACGGGGAGGGGGAAAUCCAGGAAUAUUCAAAGAAGUGUUGGAAUGUAAACUAGAAAGUUACAUUGUUAGAUACCAGCUGGUCAAAUGUGGUUUUUUUUCUUUUUUUUCGUAUUUUGUAAAUUUCUAAAUAAUGACAUGUUCAUCCAUUAUUUUAUUAUUUUUAUUUUCCUUUGUGCACAUUUUACUUUUGUGAAUCAAUGUAUCAUAUGAUAUUCAUAUGAAGGAUGUGCAGAAACACACAAACACACACACAGCUUUCUUGGUAAUGUAUUAUCCAUGUGUAGUGCUCAAACUUAUUUCUUAAAAUAAUAGUUUUGUGCUGCUAAAUGUCUGCUAGAACAAUUUGUAUUGCCCACUUUUUUUUAAUUGCAACUUUUUUUUUUUUUAAAUGUAUAUAGUUAAGUUCUGCCAUGUAUAUUCCCACCAAAUGAUCUCGUAUUGCUCUUAUUUUUGCAUGCUUUUAGUUGGUUAGUUAUAAAUACUGUCUUUACUGGAUUUAUGGUUAUUUAAAACUGUCUAAACUGUGACAUUGUAUGGUUGACGGUUUCUUAUAACUAGCAGCUGCAGUCUUUGAAAUUUUCAGUAUAGACCGCUUUAUAUUAAUAUAAGAAAUACUUUGAGGAAAAAGCACUCCAAAUGUCAUGACACUUUCUGAACGGUUUCUUAUUUGUUUUUGUAGAACUGCAUGCCAAAAAUAACGUUACUUAUGAGGUGGUUUGGUGUGGAGAUUAGACUGUGUGCAUCGAAUAAUCCAAGUGAAAUUUCUUGCAUACAUACACAAAUGAAAAGUGCCUGGUCCCUCAUUGUAAACCUAUAACAGAUUUCAUCUUAUAAGGUGCAUUGUUUCUUGUGCUAAGAUACACAACUGGCAAUCAUAUAAAUCUGUAUUCAUAGGUAAUCAGUGAGUGUUGCUGCAGGUCAAACAGUAAAAUAGGGGUGCUAGAUGCAGUUUAACAGUUAUGUUUUUUAUAGAUGCAUAUUCUAAUAUGCGUGAUCUGCACAUUUUACAGCACAAGCUCUGAUUUUUCUUUGGAGCCUCUUUGGGGUAUAGUACUGUACUUUAUAAUCAAGUAGGGAAAAAGAGACCUCCAGCUUCUAUCAAGUUUACCAAUAAAUCAUACCAAGCCCAAAUCAUGGCUGGUAUUUACAUUGAGACACAAAUUGAAAAGUGUCAGUACCGGGUAAAAGCACAGCUAUGUGCUGUGCAGAGUCAUACAGUCGGGAGUGCAGGUUCAAGACCUGGAUAUACGAAGUCACUGGUCAUUGCUGGGGAAUCCCGAAGGGAAUGUUGUAUUGGCUGGCAGGUCUGUGGGUUGGGGAGGCAAAAGUAGCAGGGACAGUUUCUCAUUGUCCUACAGCGGAAAAUAAUUACCGGUGCAAAAUAAAUGUUUUUUGGGGG